AUGAAGCUCGGCCCUUAUCAUAUAUGCCCUGCAGUUCAGGCUUUCGCCUUCGUCCUUCUUGUGGUCAGCAUGCCGCUUACGAUGAUCCGGUCAGGUGACAUAAUUCCCGUAUAUACCUGCAUCACGUUCUGGGGGGAGCGGCCGUGCUCCUCUUCUGGGUCCGAAAGGAGACUUUUUCGGUGCGUGCAAGAGGAAAGCUCCAUGCAGGCUUGUCGAACGUUUUCUACGAUAUCAAUUCUUCUCUCUGUUGCCAUUGUGGUCCUGUUCAUCUUGAGGGGAAAGUACCCUGGGUCGAAUUGGGCGCCGCGGAUAGCUGCGAUCCUCUGUGCCAUCACUAUUUUUUUUGUGUGGUCGACGGUUGUCUCUGUGUACAACCGGAAGAGCUGCAGGUUCGGGGAUACUGUUUUCGACUCGUACAAAAACUAUGGAUACGUGCUGGGCGUAGGGUUUUCUUUCAUGAUUGCCGCCUGGGUUUCAGAGAUUGUCGUUGUCGUACUUUCCUUCGUAUUCUGA